GUUGAAGUGAAUUCAGCUGCAUUUCCCCAUCUGGUCCUUGCUUUCUCUUCUUUCAUCUUCUCUUAUUUUCUUGAUAUUUCUUCCCAACCUAACUCAUAAAACAAGCCAUAUUUUAUAGCAAAUUCAGCCAUAUCAAAUCUGUUUAUUACACUUUGAAGUCAGUCUGUGACUUGGCCCUUCUGGUUGAAGAACUACAGGGGGUGCUGUUCCCAUGCACUAGUGCGGAACACUUCUAUCCUGCCUUGAAGCCUGAAUUCCAGGUUCAUUUACCUACUGGAUACUCUUCGGAAGUGACGCUUUACCUUCCGUCCAGAAACAGAUCCUUACUGUCAAGCUAAAUACACUUUCUGUCCAACUGGUUCUCCUAUCCCAGUUAUGAAAGGGGAUGAUGUCAUUGAAGUCUUUCGGCUACAAGCCCCAGUAUGGGAGUUCAAAUACGGAGGCCUUCUGGGGCACUUGAAAGUUAUGCACGAUGCCAUUGGAUUCAGGAGCACUUUAACUGGCAAAAACUACACGAUGGAGUGGUAUGAGCUUUUCCAACUUGGAAACUGCACAUUUCCCCAUCUCCGACCAGAGAUGAAUGCUCCUUUCUGGUGUAAUCAAGGGGCUGCCUGCUUUUAUGAAGGAAUUGAUGAUAUUCACUGGAAGGAAAAUGGAACAUUAGUGCUAGUAGCAACCAUAUCAGGAAACAUAUUUAACAAAAUGGCAAAGUGGGUAAAAUGGGACAAUGAAACAGGGAUUUAUUAUGAAACUUGGAAUGUCCAAGCCAGCGCAGAAACAGGGGCGGAGACAUGGUUUGAAUCCUACGACUGUUCCCGGUUUGUGUUAAGGACCUAUAAGAAGUUGGCUGAUCUUGGAGCUGAGUUCAAGAAGAUAGAAACCAAUUAUACAAGGAUAUUUCUUUACAGUGGAGAACCCACUUAUUUGGGAAAUGAAACAUCUAUCUUUGGACCAACAGAAAACAAGACUCUUGCGUUAGCCAUAAAAAAAUUUUAUUACCCCUUCAAGCCGCAUUUGUCAACUAAAGAAUUUCUGUUUAGUCUCUUGCAAAUUUUUGACGCAGUGAUUAUUCAUAGACAGUUCUAUUUGUUUUAUAAUUACGAGUACUGGCUUUUACCUAUGAAAUUCCCUUUUAUUAGAAUAACAUAUGAAGAAAUCCCCUUACCUGCCAGAAAAAAAACAAUUUCUGGUUUAUAAAAUCUUAAUUUUACUGCUCUUUUGUCUCCAACCACCAGCAUAUUGGCUUUUCAGGGAGUAUUUUCACAUCUGUGAACUUCUUAGGCCUUCUUCCUUUGGGAAGAAACCUAGAAUGCACAUGAGCAGAAGCUGAAAAUCAUACGAUGAUCAUGACGAGUAUGACAAGUUAUGAUUUAAACCUCCAAGCUUUUGUUAAUAUGAAUAGCUGUAUCAAAUACAGAGCCUCUUUGUACUAAUUUUUUUUAAAUGGCAGAUAUGGUAUAUCAAAAUUGAAAGAAAAAGAAAAAAAGACCUCAAUGACAUCUUCGAGGUAACAGCUCCUUUUUUUCUGAUACAGCAGUUACACUUUCUCAUUUCAGUAACUUUGGGACUGGCAUAAGUUGACUUUACAGCUUUUAUAACUUUUGCAAACAGGCUUAGUACUUUGAUUUUGUUCUCUUCAUUCAACCAUAAAGACAGGUAUGGUUGUGCUUCCAACUGCUAAAUACAGCGUGAAAGAGCACAAGCUUCUGGCUAGCUAAUAACUGACAUUCUGUGAAUAAGCAACUAGUUAGCUCUACACCCUAGUUUUAUUAUUUUAAAAUGGUCAUCUCUUGAGAUUGUUGUAAAAAUCAAAGCUAUCUAUGCCUGGCAUUGUUAAGGUCACAAUAAAUGGUAGCUACAAAGAACAAAUGACUGCCCUUACCUUGCCGAGUGUAGUUUACAUGGCAGCCUUUCCUAGGUUUUGUAAUGGCCAUCUGGACUGUGCUGACAGCAUAGUGCUGGGGCAAACAGGAGGCAUGGAAUUACCUGACCGCAGGUGUGGCUGGGUUGCUGAUGUGUAGUCCUCCCAUCCUCUGCCCACUAAAGCUGCCAGGUCAGUAGAAGAGGGUGCAUUUGCAAGGAGAGGACAGGUUCUGGUCAAGAAUCUCCAAUGAACUGGGCUUCCCCUACAGCCAUUAAACAAGGUUUCAAGGUCCACUGAGUCUGUGAUAAUAACUGACAUUCUUUCUAUGCAUGGAAAAAACACCAUUCAGUAAGAUGAUGCAGAGUUGAGAGAAAACAACCCAUGUUGAAUAAGUAAAUGUACUAAUUACUCAGUUUCACCUGUAUUUUGUGUGCUUCUGAGAGCACACAUAAUUGUUUACCUGAUCCAAAAGAGUAAAUGGGGGCAGAGGGGGUUAGCUGUGACCCGCCAUGGGUAUCCAGCUAGUGAUAAUGGAGUCAUGUUUUGAAUUAGGUUCUGCUGUCUUGCCAAGACAUACUUUCAAACAGGUUUUUAAUCUAAGGAUACUAUUUAAAGUGUGGGUGGACCAGUACUGCAUCUAAUGUUACUAAAAUCAUGUUACAGUUCUGUGAGGAGAUAAGUACAGGUAUAGGAAGCAUUUAGAAAUUUUUAAAGUAACUUGUUGGAGUAACUUUCUGUUGAAUCUACUAAAAAAUGGGGGUUUGUAUUUUAUUUACCUUACCUACAUUUUUGGCUUUUUCAAAAAGGCAUUCCAGUGGUCUAAAAAUAAAAUUCCAGCUUUUAACACAGAUAGCUUGAGUGAGAAACACUGUAUUUUUCUGCCUAUUGUACAGAGGUAAAGUUUUCCUCAAAUGCAGAGAGCUGCUUCUCUCAUUGCCUACCAUUUAGCCUAUUGGUGUUAGCAGUGCCUAACUGUGCCUAAUUAAAUUUGCCCCUUCUUUCUGCUAUUUGCCCUCAGAAUGUCACAAAAAAAACCUUGGAUUUUUACUCUAUCACCUAGUGCUAAAAUUGGCCAGUUUUUACCAGGUUCUUAGAGAAAAUUGUAUUGGUGUAACAAAUACAAAUAAAUACAAAAAAUGGCGUAACAAAAGCUUAUACCUAUAAAUAUGAAAACAAUGGAGUAACAAAAACUUUUGUUUCAGUUUUGUGUUAACUGUAAGUCACAAAACUUGGUUCCAUAGCAAAGACAAAUGAUGACAUGUGUACAUGGAAUUUUCAAACAAGAUUUCAAAGCAAAGAAAGUUAUGUUUGAAAUAACUCAAGAUUUUUCAUUGUCCCUAUAAAGAACAAUCAGUUAAGAAAUUCUGAAAGGAUUUAAGGAAAUACCUUCAAUCGUAGCAGUGAAAGCAAAACACAGCCAAUCAGGAAUUUGCCAACUAAAUUUUGCUGCCCUUUGAACUACUGUUUAAUUGAAAUGUGAUUUUUAUUUUGCUUUAAAUUUGUAAUGUAUUUUGCUUUAAAGUUAA